AGCUUAAAAGGGUGCAGGGCAGUGGCGCAGCCUGAAAGGCAGCCUCCUCCCAACCCAAACCGAAAAGCUUCCACUUCCAGCUGCUGCGGGGCAUCACCAGUUCACCACCGCUUUGACCUCCAGCUCCAUAGCCCAAUCCCACAAGCAUCCAUCCUCCUUCCCUCUUCUCCUAUAAAUCUCCUCCUCUGCUCCCGAUUUGCCACCUAAAGGAGGCGCCUUUCCCCAAAUCCACCACCAGGAAAGGGCGCUUGUUUUACGGCGUGCUGGUUGAUUGCUAUACUUUCUCGCGGCUGCGAUGGAAGGCAGGGCCGGCGGCGACUACAUUGCCAGCCUGCUGAGCUCGUCCCCGAGGCUCGACUUCGGCGUGCUCGGCGGCGUGCCGGCGGCGGGCGGCGACGGCGGGGACUGCCUGGAGAAGUUCUGCAGCGACCCGGGGUUCGCGGAGCGGGCGGCGCGGUUGUCCAGCUUCAACUGGCAGCGCUUCGCCGGCACCGGCGGCCUCUUCGGGCUUCCGCCGCCGGCGCCCGCCGCGAGCAACGGCGAGUUCGGCGGCGGCGGCGGCGGCUCUCGGGAGGCGUCGUCAGUGUCCGACCCGGCGUCGGCGAUGAGGGACGCCAAUGCCAAGAAGAGGAAGGCGCCUGCCGCGGCCAAAGGCAAAGGCAAGGAGCCUUCCUUGACCAGCUCUUGCCAGGCGGGGGAGCAGAAGGAUCCGGAUACCAAGAGGUGCAAGACGGAGGGGGGCGAGAGCAAGGAGGAGAGCCCCGUGAAGUCCAAGGCGGAGCAUACAGGGAGCGACAGCUCCGUCGAGGACGGCAGGCAGAAGCCGGGCAAGGGGAAGAAUGCCAAGCCGGUGGAGCCCCCUAAGGACUACGUCCAUGUCCGGGCGAGGAGAGGUCAGGCUACUGACAGCCACAGCCUCGCAGAGAGGGUAAGAAGAGAGAGGAUCAGCCAGAGGAUGAAGGUUCUUCAGGAUCUGGUGCCAGGAUGCAACAAGGUGAUUGGCAAGGCACUCAUGCUUGAUGAAAUCAUAAACUACGUGCAAUCGCUGCAACGGCAAGUCGAGUUCCUUUCUAUGAAGCUUGCAACUGUGAACCCACUUGACUUCAGUAACCUGCCUACCCUCCUACAAAAAGAUAUGUUCCAAGCCUGUGGCCCUUUGGCGAGUUUGGUUUUCUCGCUGGAAAGUUCCAGUUCUGGUUUUCCGUUUAACGAUCAAGGAGAUGUUUUCCAAUCGUUUGUUCCAACCGGCAUGGAGAACCAAUGCGCCCUGAACCCACUAGACCUGGCUCUGUCUCAGGCUAAUGGACAGUAUGCUUUUCAGGAUGGAACGCCCAGCUCAAACUUGCAGCAAAGGAACUUCUGGGAGGAGGAACUCCGAAGUGUUUUCCAUAUUGACGAUGGGCAAAGUAGCCAGGAGAAUGGGGUUUCAGCACAGAGCUUUCAUGGUCAGUUACAAGCAGGCCACAUGAAAAUGGAGUUCUAAUCAGCGUAGAUCAUCCGCCGGGGGAAUGAUUUGUACAUAGCUAAACCUAAGUACAACAUCAGUGGCAGUGGCAAGCGAAGCUCUGAACUCUGAAGCUAACAAUCUUCUAGGUUCUGGGAGAUGAAUUUGUUUAUCAUGUCCUGCCUGUAGGACGAUGUGAAUUCUUUCAAUAUUUCUGGGAUUAAUAUUAAGAUAACGUAACGACCAAUAGUUUGUGUAUAAUAUAUGGUGCAGAUAUUACAAGCACCACUUUCAAAUGUGUAUGAGCUGGCACAGUAGCUGGAUGGAACAUGUACUAGUGCAUUUUCACUCCAUAUCACAAAUGCUGAUGUCCCAUCAUUUUCCCUUCA